CUCUCCAGGCGCCCUGGCUGCGUCCGGCGGCGCGGCUCCGGGCUGAAUUGGUGAUGCCUGGGAGUCGCGGGCGCCUGCGCAGUGGGGAAGGCCGUGCUCUGCCGGAGAGGCUGAGGGAGGUAACUCCGAGAGGGCCGCGGCAGGCUUCUGGCUGUUCUACCCGGUCCGUCGCGCGAUGGCGGAGGAGGAGCUGGAGGCUCUGAGGAAGCAAAGGCUGGCCGAGCUGCAGGCCAAGCAAGGGGACCCUGGCGAUGCAGCACAACAGGAGGCAAAGCACAGCCGUCAUCUGCUCUCCAACUACGAGUCUGUGAGUGGACUCCUCUACUGUAAUGACAGCUGCUGCCAUCCAUACAGCACCUACUGUAGCGCAGUCUCCCUGCAGCAACCUUCCAUCUUGGGAAACGUAUUGAUAAGUAACUUAGCACUUGUAAAGCCUGAAAAAACUAAAGGAGUAGAGAAUUACCUUAUACAGAUGGCAAGAUAUGGACAGCUAAGUGGGAAGGGAUAAUGUUGGCUAUUUCAAGGAAGCAAUUUUAAAGCAAAAAUAACUGUACCAACCAUAAAUAACUGCCUCUCUGAAAAUCCUCUGCUGCUUUUCUUACCUGACAUUGUUGUGGAACCUCACUGGUGUCUGACCAACCAGGGUUUCUCAACAAUACAUAUUAAAAAACUACGAACGUAGGUAGACAUUAAGCUUGUUUUGUAAGUGAGGGGGUGCUAAAAUUUCUGGUUAUGUGUGUCGCUGUAAUGCCAUGAUGGGUAUAUUCUUGCAAGACUGUUCCUAGAGAUGCACAUGCACCCCACCUGCACGGGGAAGCCCUCUGCUGCCACCACACCCUGCAAGUAUCACUCCUGUCCUGAACCCCUUACAGUAAAAUGAUGUGUGCAAGACUCAGUGACUGGUUCAUCUUUUUAGAGUGACUGUCUCCUGCAUUUAACCUUUCAGGGUCUCAAGGGAAGAGGUGGUGUGUCUCUCUCACAUAGCAGAGGGGUGUAGGUGGUUGUCUUGUCUGCUAGUGGUGGUAAAGGCGUUCUUAAAUACCUGUUAACUUGGGAUUUUUCUGGAUACUUUCCCCCUCUCAGAUGACUAGCAGAGUAGUUCUGUUUGGAACUUAAACUAACAGGUAUACCUUGGAGAUACUGCAAGUUUGGUUCCAGACUGCUGCAGUAAAGCGCGUCAUAAUCUUUUUUUGCUGGAGGGUCUUGCCUUCACUUUGUAAAAUAUGCAACACCUGUGAAGUGCAAUAAAGCAAAGCAUAGUA